AUGCAUCAUAUCGAGAGGUUCCACCACAUCGCAGUCAGCGCCAGCCGCAUGAAUUGCCGCGGGCGAGGCCCUCCAGAAGACCUUCGAGAGGACCCUCGACCGCGAGGGAAAGGCGCUGAGGUUAGUGCGUUCUUAGCUGUGUUCUAUUCCGUCCACAGGCAGCUCACUUCAGCGAGCGAAAGUGCAAAAGCCGGACAGAUCGAGUUGGUUAUGGGCAAGCGAGAUGGUUGGUUCGAGCAUGUCAGUCAAGACGGUCGAGAUGCGAGUGGUUCGAGGAUCGAGUUCGGCGAUGAAACGAGUUCGAUGAUGACGACGUGUGCGAGGACAACGACAACAUCGAGCAGUCCAGCCCACGAUGGAGAAACUGAGCCUGACAUAUCACGGCUCUGGGAUCUCGAAUUCGUGGGAAUCACAGAUAGUAUGAGUCCUGGUCAGGACGAGCAGGUUAAUACCGAAGUCGUCCAGCGUUUCUACGAUACUGUCCAAGUUAUCGACGUUUCUUCUCUUUCGUCUAUGCAAGAACAUCAGUGUUCAGUAUUGCCAUUCCAAAGGAUCAAUGACUAUCGUAAGUUACUUCGUAUAGCGGCUCUCGUACUCAAGUUUCUUCGGAAACGAAUAUAUGAUCGAGUUCCGCUUCAUCGUCAAGCACGUCUCGGCCAGGUAAUUCCACCCUUGGCAGUCUCAUCAGAUGCGGAAGUCGUAGGUGAGGACAUUCGAGCUGCAGAGCUGUUACUUCUCCGUGAACAUCAACGUGAGAGUACAGUUCAAUUGCGCUUGCGUCCGGUUAAUAACAAAUUCACCUACCAUGACGAUACCGGUCUGAUCCGAGUCGCUACACGGAUGAGAAAUGCUGAGCUAAUACGUACGGUCGACGAGCCCGUUUUACUCGCGCCGAAUCAUUUGCUGACCACUAUGAUCAUCAACAGAUGUCACCAGACUCUGUUCCAUGCGGGAACAGAGCAGUUAGUCAGCGUAUUACGUCGUAGGUAUUUCAUACCGCGUAUUCGUGCGACCGUUCGUUCGGUGAUCAGAGGAUGUGUACCGUGUAGGAGGCAACAAGCACGACCCUACAAGUACCCCAAUCCUCCAGAUCUUCCGAUCGAAAGGAAGACGAUUUGUCGUAAUACGUUAGAUAUUCGCACCUUCGAAACUCUGUUAUUAGAGAUCGAAGCAAUGCUGAAUACCAGACCGUUAACAGCCGUUUAUAUGGAAGAUACCGGAGAAUCAGCGGUUUUGAGGCCAAUAGACCUCAUUAGUCCAUAUUAUCAUCUGGGACAUUUCCUUUCCCCAAUCGCUACCAGUCCGGACUUCCAUUAUUACGUUUUGAGCGAUUCAGAGAUUAAGCAGUCCCUGAAAGCUCAUCAUGAGCAGCUCAUUAACACGUUAGACCAUUUUUGGUCCUUGUGGCGAAAAGACUACCUCCAGGCGUUGGCGGAACGCACGCAAAGCGCACCUAAAAGAGCGCAAAGUUCGCGUUCAUGGCCCACUCUUGGUGGAGUAGUACAUCGCACAAUAUAG